AUGAGCGGUUAUCGUGAGCGGUAUCGGUCCAAGCGCGUGCGGGUGUCCUUCUUCGAGUGCCAGCGGCCCGUGCAGCUGCCCCCGUCAGACGUCGAUGCGGCCACGCCCCUAGUGGCCGACGCAGCGAUGGCGAUGGCGGUGUCGGGCCCCGAGGCGGCAGCGACCGUCGGCUACCAGCGGCAGGCGAGACGUUCAGAGUCGCAUCCAUUAAGCGGCGCGGACUCCAGGCCAGCCGCUGGGCGCGCGGCCUCUAGGUUCGCGUCUGCUGCUGCGGCGGCGGCGGUGCAGAUGGCUCCGUCGCGGCGGCAGCGCGAGAACGCGCUUUUUGUGUUCUGGAGAGGCCCGGCGCGGGCCGGGCCGGGCCAGGCACGUCGAGCGCAUGUGUGGCACAGCGGACCAGCUGGCUGA